CCCCCCCCCCCCCCCCACCCCCACCGAGUCAGAGUGAAAGUUGCCUCCGCCUGGAACAGCGUGGGGGUUUCGGGACCCGCUACUUUCCACCGCUUCUUCUUCUUCUCACGCUUUUCUCCCCCCGGAGAGAUGAGGCGGAAAGAGAAGCGGCUGCUGCAGUUCGCCGGGCUGCUCAUAGCGGCUCUUCUCUUCCUCCCUAACGUCGGGCUGUGGUCUUUGUACCGGGACCGAGUGUUCGACAACUCGCCCGAAUCAGUGGACGGUCCGGGCGGCAUCCCCCCGAUUCAGGGGGUAAACCGGGUGGGGAAGGACGCUCAGGUUGGACAUGGCGGCGCGCUGAGGAUAGACUGGCACGACUACGAAGCGAUCAAAAAAGAUUCUUCCAGAUCGGGUAACGGUGAGCAGGGGAAGCCCUUCCCCCUGACAGACGCGGACCGGGUGGACCAGGCCUACAGGGAGAACGGGUUCAACAUCUACGUGAGCGACCGGAUCUCCCUGAACCGCUCCGUCCCUGACAUCAGACAUCCAAACUGCAAACAGAAGCUGUACGGCGAGAAGCUGCCCAACACCAGCGUCAUCAUCCCGUUCCACAACGAGGGCUGGUCGUCGCUGCUGAGGACGGUCCACAGCGUGCUCAACCGCUCGCCGCCACAGCUCAUCGCAGAGAUCAUCCUGGUGGACGACUUCAGCGACAAAGAGCACCUGAAGGGGGCGCUGGAGGAGUACAUGAUGCGUUUGCCGAAGGUUCGCAUCCUGAGGACUAAGAAGAGGGAGGGGCUUAUCAGGACUCGCCUGCUGGGAGCCGGAGCCGCCAAAGGAGAAGUCAUCACCUUCCUGGACUCUCACUGUGAGGCCAACGUCAACUGGCUGCCUCCACUGCUGGACCGGAUCGCCGACAACAGGAAGACCAUCGUCUGUCCGAUGAUCGACGUGAUCGACCACGAUAACUUCGGCUACGAGACCCAAGCCGGGGACGCCAUGAGAGGAGCGUUUGACUGGGAGAUGUACUACAAACGGAUCCCUAUCCCCGCAGAGCUGCAGAAAGACGACCCCAGUGAACCUUUCGAUUCACCGGUGAUGGCAGGCGGACUGUUUGCCGUGGACAGGAAGUGGUUCUGGGAGCUGGGAGGAUAUGACACGGGUCUGGAGAUCUGGGGAGGAGAGCAGUACGAGAUCUCCUUCAAGGUGUGGAUGUGCGGUGGUCGGAUGGAGGACAUCCCGUGCUCUAGGGUAGGACACAUCUACAGGAAGUACGUCCCCUACAAGGUCCCCGGUGGGGUCAGCCUGGCUAGGAACCUGAAGCGUGUGGCCGAGGUGUGGAUGGACGAGUACGCCGAGUACAUCUACCAGCGCCGGCCCGAGUACCGCCACCUCUCUGCAGGAGACAUGACGGCGCAGAAGGAGCUGAGGAACCGCCUCAACUGCAAGAACUUCAAGUGGUUCAUGAGCGAGGUGGCCUGGGAUCUGCCCAAACACUACCCCCCUGUGGAGCCUCCUGCUGCAGCCUGGGGAGAGGUUCGUAAUGUGGGCAGCGGCAUGUGCAUGGAGAGUAAACACUUUGUGUCAGGGAGUCCCCUCCGCCUGGAGAGCUGCUCCAAGGGGCGGCCCGACGUCAGCUGGAGCCACGGACAGGUGUUCACAUUUGGCUGGAGAGAGGACAUCCGGGUGGGAGACCCCAUGCACACUAAAAAGGUCUGCUUCGACGCCAUCUCCAAUAACAGCCCCGUCACCCUGUACGACUGUCACGGCAUGAAGGGGAACCAGCUGUGGCGCUACAGAAAGGAUAAGACUCUUUACCACGCCGUCAGUCACAGCUGCAUCGACUGCAGCGCCACUGAGAAGCGAGUCUUCAUGAACACGUGCAACCCGUCCUCGCCGACCCAGCAGUGGCUGUUUGAGAAAACCAACGCCACCGUGCUGGAGCAGUUCAACAAGGGCACAAAGUGAGGCCCGGCGGCGUCCACAAAAAGAGACUCCUGAUGAGGAUCCUGCAGAAGUGGAUCUGCUGCUGCUGCUGCUGGGGAAUGUGGUUUUUUAAAUUGACUCUGUGUACCUGGUGCUGAGGUGACAGCUGUUUCUCUUUGGGCUGCGCGGGCGGUAGUUAGAAACUUCUGUUAAGCGAACGCCGAGCUGUGAUUUAUGGGUUUUUGUUGAAAAGUGACUUGGUGUGGGUCCGUCUCACUUCCUGGUUUAGAUUUUUUGGUUUUGUUGAUUGGUUCUCUGACAUUCCUCUUCGUUCUCCACACGUCAUGUUUGCCUAUUUCUAAAUUCCUCUGCCUUUAUUUAUUGCCUUUCUCUCCCUCCACUGUCCUGCCUUUACCCCCCCCCCCCCCGUCUUUACUGCUCCACCUCUGCCUGUCUCUAUCUGCCUGCAUGACUGCAUCUUUGCCCACCUUCUCCAGCCUCCCUCUCAAAUCCCCUUAUGUCUCUCUGGGCUCUGAUAACCUCCCUGGGGGUAGGGGAUGGGCUGGGCGGGGGGGGGGGGGGGGGGGGGGUGCUCCUGCUGAGCCAAAGUCAUGCUGACACCUGGGUGAAGCCAGGCAGAACCACUCUGAAAAUCACCUGCUGAAUUGAUUCUCCUCUACACUCCUCAUGUGCCCCCCCCCCCUCCUCUCGGUCUGUGGUUUCCCCUCUUGUGGGGGCGAUGUGGGCUUCUCUUUGCUGCCUUGAUCGAUGAUGAGUCACCCGUGGGGUCGUCACUGUGCCACAUGCUUUAUUUGAUUCCACAAAAAGGCGAGCGUCAUCAAACGCCAGAGUUUUUUCUUUCUGGCCAACUCUUGCUGGUUAAGGGCUUACUUGUUUUGUUUUUUUUCUUCUGUGUGCAGGAGCUGCUUUAAAAAAACUAUAGGACACAUUUCCACCAAAAGUACCUGGGACUUGAGGGUUCCUCCAGCCCGUUGUAUUCUUGAGUUUCCAUCAUGGUUUAGAGACCCCUGAAGAGGUAAUAAAGUGUACUGGUGCAAGUGAAAAAGCCACCGCCAUAAUCCUCAAAUCAGAAAUGUGUUCUGCUGCAAAGGCAAACCCAAAGUCCCUGUACUUUGUGGAACAGAGGUGGGCAUGGUUAACGCAAUUAACGGACCUGUGCCCAGUACUCCAAUUACCCAUAGCAGAUCCCAAAUUCCUGGGACCCUUUUUAACCCCUGAUCCCCCAAGAUUGAGACUCACUGAGAUCCUCUUAAAGUCCUUAGUCCCUGGAGAAAGUACCUGUGGUGGAAACCUGUCCUCGGUACCCUGGUCCCGGGUACUUCAGAGAGGGUCUGAAUUACUCAACCAGUCCAAAAUGUCCAGAAUUAAAAAGCUCAAGCUAAAGUCCCCGAUCUCUUUUAAAAGUGAAACCCACAGAGCAGGAACAUUUUGAUGUUUCCGCUGCAGAAACAAUGGUCUACAUAAAGUUCCAGGUGGUCCUAUUUUACAACCCGAAAGUCCUCAUGCCGGCUGGAAAGCAAAUCCAGAAGUAGUGAUUUAAAGUUUCCUCCUGCCCAUUGUUAUCUGAGUCUUGAGUUAACGAGCAGAGACCUUUUUUUCUGGGGAACCAAUGAGUACCAUGAGACUUUUUGUUCUUGUGGUGGAAGUACUCUGAGAACCCGUGUCCUUUGGAAAAGUUCCUGUGGUUGCUAAAAGUACACAUUGCUUUUAGUUCCUGUGGUUCCUUCUAAAGGGGUUAAACGGUUCCUCCAGUCCAUUGACUAACUGUAAAUGUUCAGACCUGCAAAGCCUGCCCAAAAGUCCUUUUGGAAGAACUUCCUUCAGAGCGGGGACCUUUUUGGGACAUGAAGAUCAGAGUCCCCCCCCCCUCCCCCCCUCACAGUACGUUCUUUCCUGCUACCCACCGACCAUGCCAAUCAGUCGUCGGAACAACCUCGUCACAGAGGGCCGAGCACGGGGUCACGGCUCGCAGCAUCAGUGCCUGCCCGCCCGCCUGGACGGAUGACUGGCUGUAUGAGUGGCAGGCCGGCUGAUUCCCAGCAGGGUCGCCUGAUUGGCCGGCUGCUGAGCUGACACAUCACUUUAGCGUACAGUGAGAACAGGAGGAGAGACGGAUGGGGAUUAAUGUGGAUGUAGCUCUUUGGGUUGGAGAUGAAUGUGUUGGGGGGGGGCUUUAAAUGCAUUCAGCACUUGUGUAAUGAUAAACUUGAAUGAAAUCUUAGUGCCUUGUUUGAAGAGGUCUAGAUGUAGGUGUGUGUGUGUGUGUGUGUGUGUGUGUGUGUGUGUGUGUGUGUGUGUGUGUGUGUGUGUGUGUGUGUGUGUGUGUGUGUGUGUGUGUGUGUGUGUGUGUGUGUGUGUGUGUGUGUGUGUGUGUGUGUGUGUGUGUGUGUGUGUGUGUGUGUGUGUGUUCAGUCCAUAAUGUCCACAUCUGCAUACAUACAUUUCACACAAUGCAGAUUUAGACCGUCCUUCAAAGAGUUGAACCUCAUUUGUCCUCCACUCUGCUGCAGGACCCUGAAGGCACCACAGGUUUCUCACACAGCGUUUUUAUUGGACACACGUGAGUGUCGGCUGAAGAAACGUUUGUUUUACACGACCAGAUUUUCCUCCUGCCUUUUGAAAAGUGAAAGAAGACCUCUGUUCUGUUUUGAAUCCUGAGAUAUGCUGUUUUGUUUUUUUUCCCCCAUCUGUGCAAUCCAAAGUGAUGGGAAGAGUUGUUAUGUUUGUUCCAUCUGUUUGAAUCCUUUUUGUGUUUAUGAAAUGUUUUUUUUUUUAUCUUUUGGAUAUUUUAAUCCUGUGGUGAAGCUGAUGAUGAUCUGUGUUGAAGUUCUGGGAUUUUGUUGAUUUGUCGUCUGUAGACAUACUAUUCUUCUUUUUGUGAAUCCGAUCGAUGUUCAGUGUGUUUUUUAAUUUAACUCAUCUCUUCCAUUUAUUGUACAGUCUGAAGCCCGGCUCACGCUGCAGGAGUUUGAAAAUCCUAACCGAUUUUUUUUUUAAAUCUGGCAGCCUCACACAUGAGGAGGAUCUUAACUUCUUCUUCUUUAUAAUCUCAAACAUGCUCACACUACAAAAUAUGAAAAUAAUGGCACAUCACAGACUACAGGAUUUACUAAAAUCAUCGAGCCCGACGGAGGAAGGCACCACCUCAAGUGACCUCACGUAACCAACGUAGCCAGAGGUUAAAUUUGUGAUUAUAACGAGGGGAAAAAAACAUUUUUAAAACACGAUUUGGGGUGAAGAAAUGUCUGUGGAGACGCAGAUAACAUGUAUCGUCCGUUCUUCAGAGAGAGCUGGAGGUCAGAUUGUAACACUCAGAUGAUUUACAGUUGUCCAGCGCAGCCAUGCGAGCUGCGUCCUGCCGCCGGUUGCCAUGACUACUGUCCACUCAUUACUCGUCUCUCGCUGUUCUUGUAGCCACACGCCUCGCCUCCAGACUCUUUCAGGACCUAAUCGUCAAGAUUUUAAAUCCUAAAUGUCAAACAUGUUUGAAAUAAAUCUUAACGUCCUCGACGGUCUCCGAGCAGAUCGGGGACGUUAAGAUCAAAUCUUCAUUACGACUCACACUACGAGAUAUUCUGGAUGUGAGCAGCCUCGAGUCGUGAACGAUGAUCCUGCAGUCUGAGCCAGGCUUUGGUUUUUAAAGGGUUAUUUUGUUGUUUUUAUGUUUUUUAAGUAUGAGCACUUCAUUUUUUGGCAUCAAAACGACUAAAAGUCUAUUUGAGUUUCUUGAAUUAAUGUUCAUCCAGCAGGUGAAAGAAAAGCUGUAAUGGCUGCUCUGUAAACAUUUUCUCUUCUGGGUGAUGUUGCAGACAUCGCAGCCCGUUUCAUGGCUGCAGUCUGAAGACAUCUCCUCCAGCGUUUCCAGAACAUCCUGACCUUCUAAGUCCUUUAGACCCUUAAAAUGUAGAGCCUAGGCUUCUAAACACCUGACUCCACCUUCAACAGUUCAAAUCCUCAUGAAACCUGAGUAGAGAUACACCUUAGGGUUGCUUUGUCACUUCUCUGUGAGGUUAACUCUGAUAACCUCGAUGAACCUGGAUUAAAGCUGCUGCUUUUAUCACUUUCAUUCUUAA